UGAUGCUAAUAGGUGGAAAAACAAACAACAAACAAAUAAAACACAAUAGGAUGAACCUAAGCAUCAGAGUGACAAGUUGUAUUGAGAAAAAUUUAUGUAAUCCUGUCCUUGUCCUCUUGUUCACCUUAUUUCUAGAAAACAACAUGUAGUCCAGAUAAGAUUUGCAAAUGAUCAGAUUAUUAGAGAAUAUAUAUCACAGCAAAUGAACCUUUGAAGGUAGUAUUCCUGUAUCUGUGUUGGUCUGUUUUGUAGAACGUCGUUCUGGCAUCACCUGAUGAUCUGCUCCAGUUUCAGGCAGAUUCCAUCAUUAGUUAUUAUUCUAAAAAGCUCAGGGGCUAACCAAUCAAAUCACAUUAACACAAUCAAUUACAUUACAGAAGCAUAGAGAGAGGGGGAUGGGAGAGAGAGCAAGAUCAUAGGAUGGACAGAUACAAAGAGGAAAAAAAUCAUAAACCAAUCGUGGACUCCCUGUGUCCAGUAAUCCCAGUGCAUUGCCUAAUCUGGUGGAUUACGGCCUGAUCAGCACCAGAGACAAGCUACAUCAUCACAGAUACUGUAUCUGCAUUGACUUUCACUGGUUAGCUAAGCAUAUCACAGGAUGACCUUGGGAACAUAUCAAAGACAAAAGGAGAGAUUACUUCCUGUAAAAAAAAAAAAAAAAAAGUUGAUCGACCCUUACAAAUGAUCUUUAGUGUCAUGGAACCCAACAAUAAAAAUUUUAAAAAUGCAUUUUUUUAAAUUGUGCAAAUAUUGAAAAAUUACCAACCCUACAGUGGGCUCCACAAACAUUGGCAGCCUUGGUAAAUAUAAGACAAACUGUGAACAUUUGUUUUUGUCAUUCUUAGUGCUCGUUCACACAGAAUGCGUUCUUGCUUUGAAAAAAAAAAACGAGACGUGGGCAGUGGAAUGGGGAAAAAACACAAGGUCUCGAGACUUCUUUUUUAAAAGCUGAACUGAUUUUAACUUGAGCUCCGCGUUUUUAAAACGCCAUGUCAUGCACGGGACGCGAGCGCAGCGAUUUUGCACGUCCAUCUAGUGCGUGUUUACAUAGAAAAACAAUGGAAAAGUAGCGCAUUGGAAAGGAAAAACAUGUUCUGUGUGAACGGCUCCUUAGUCUUUCAUUCAGAAUAUUCGCACAAAUCUAACCUUUCAUUUAAAUUAAUUUACACAAAAUGUGAAUGUGGAAUCAAUUAAAUAAAUAUAGUUUUCUUCAAAAUAUGUGUGGCAAAAUUAUUGGCACCCCUACAAAUUAUAAUGAAUAAAAAUCUUACUGAAGUAUUUUCCCAUUCGUAUGGUACAGUAUGUUUUCACCUUGAUUCACCUUAGUGAUCAGGAACACAAUGAUGAGUGAUAAGUCAUGACUUCCUGUUUCACUAUGAAGUGACACACAGGCCAAAUUCCUAUAGUCAUCAAUCACUUUUGGAAAUACCUGAGAAUACAGUAAUGAUGUGUGACAAAAGGUUGUUGAGUUGCACAAAUCAUGAAAUGGCUAUAAGAUAAUAGUUUAUUUGUUGGAAUACUCAUUUCCACUAUCUGGACAAUAAUUAAGAUGUUUCAUUCAACUGGAGAUGGUAACAAUCUACCUGGCAGAGUAUCUAUAUUGGCCCCACUCGCACUGAGGAGGAUGGUUUGAGUCGCCAAACAAACUAUAAAGAUCAAAGUUGGAGAAUUGCAGAUGGUAAUUGGGUCUUUGUGUCAGAAAGUCUCCAAAACUAUGAUCAGACCUCACCUAUAAACCACAGUUUGUUUGGGAAGAUUGCAAUAAAAAAGUCUUUGGAGACAGCAAUCUUAUCCACCUACAGUUUGCCAGGUGUUACUAGAACUUUCAGAGGGACUGGGUUUUAUGGCCAGAUGAGACUAAAAUAAAGCUUUAGGGUUUGGCAUAGAAAAGUACCUCAUCCCCAUGUAGAUGAGGUCCAUGUAAACUAUGUAGAAAGGUAUGGAUCUUUAAUGCUGUAGGGCUAAUUUUCUUCCAAAGACCCUGGACAACUUGUUAGGAUACAUAUUAUAAACUCCAUCAAGUACCAGCAGAUAUUAAAUCAACACCUGAUUGAACCUGUCAGGAAGUUUAAACUGGGCUGUGGUUUGGUCUUCCAGCAGGACAAUGAUCCAAAGCACAUCUCAAAAUGAAUAACAGAAAAGUUAACUGACCACAGAAUGAAGGUUUUGCCAUGAACAUAGCAGACCAAACAUACAAAACCUGUGGAAUGAAACGAAGAAAAGAGUCCAUAUAAGCAUGGACCUCUGAAUCUGAAGGAUACGAAGAAAUACUGUAUGGAGGAAUGGUCUCAAAUCUCUUGCCAUAUGUUCAUCAACCUUAUUACGCAUUAUAGGAGCAGAUCCACAGCUGUUAUCUUGGCAAAGGGAGGUUGCACAAAGUAUGAAAUGAAGGGGUUCCAAUAAUUGUGGAAUACAUAUAUUUCAGAAAAAAAAUGAAAAAUGUUUUUCAACUAUUUGGCUUUAAUUACAGACUCCAGGUGUGUAUUCACAGUGUGUGUGUGUGUGUGUGUGUGUGUGUGUGUGUGUGUGUGUGUGUGUUCACUGCUCACUGCUGAUUGCGUGCACUUGGAUGGGAUAAAUGCAGAGCACAAAUUCCGAUUGGCUACAUCACUUUCACUUUCACUUUCAUUAAGGGUUAGAUUUUUGUGAAUAUUUUGAGUGAAAGACUAAGAGGAGAAAUUGCAAAAACAAAUAUUUGCUAAUUUUUACCAAGGGUACCACUGUGUCAAUAUUUGUGGAGCCCAUUGUAUAAUGUAUAUGAUGCCUAUUUUUAUUUGAGGGCAACUUAUAAAAUAUCAAAUAUAUCAAUAAACAGUGUAAUAAUUUAACUUUCAUGGGAAUAUUAUGGGAAUAAUAUACAUUUCAUAAGAAUAUUGUUAAUUUUUACCCUAUUUACCUUUAGUGCCACCCCAUCAAGGGAAAACACAUAAUUAAAUCAUUAAAUAUUGUGAAAAUUUCAUGAGAUGUACACUACUUUUCGAAAGUUUGGGUUCAGUUUUUUUUUAUCGAAAUAAAUAUAAAUUUAUUUUGCGUAAAGAAAGCCUAAAAAGAUCCAAAUUACUUACAAAUUACAAAAUUACAUGCAAGAGGUAUAUUAGAACAUUCUAUAUUUUCAGUGAAAAAGUGUUUUUCGCUAACUCCACCCAUUCAUGUAACAGCCCUAAAGUGGCAGGCCUACUGAUACUAUGAAAGUGUGUAUUCUUAAAAUAAACAAGUCAGUCUAGUCAGAAUCUAGUUCACCAUCAGAGAAGAGGCUUCCAUCCACAAUCAAAACACACACACGUGAGUCUGCCUUUUGAAUCAUAACCACAACAUAUAAUAAGCAGUUAAAGCCUUAGAGGGCCUGAAACAGUAUCAUUAGUUUUCUAAUUAACUAAUCAUGAAAGAGAGACCAGAGAAUCGUUUAAGUUUUAUCAUUAUGCUUUUGAGAUUUGUUUAAUUCUGAAGUGGGUAAAGUGAAUCAUUUUAUAUUAUUGCUAUGUGUGCUCCUAAACAGAGGUGUGUGAGUUGUUUUGUUAAAUUGAAUUUCUUAGUAUGUUAGAAGAUUUCUGUCUUCAAAUGCUCUGUUAUCAUGAGUAAUCUCAAGAGCGAACCUGAUCCGGAAGAUUCUACUUACAAAAGAAAGAAUGUGAUAGACAUAUUUCACACAAAAUAAAAACAAUAUGAGGAUUAAGCUCAAGCUUAAUGCAAAAUGUCAUAGAAAUAAAGGGUAAAGUCAAAAUCUUUAAAUAUCUGACAAAACACUGAACUAUACUGAUGCAAGUGUUCUUUAAAUUGGCUGCAGAGUCUGCAAAAUGAAUUCUUAAAAGUUUCAAUCUUUCUGAUAUUUCACCAGAAAGCAGUAGUUCUCUGGUUAAUGAUUUAUUGUUUAUAUACAGAAGAUGAAGAGUGUAUUCAUUAAAUUUUUUCCCUAUAGUUCAAGCCUUAGAUAAGGAGAGCGAUGGCAGCAGCACAUUCUUGGACUUUGAGUUUGAUACUGGUGUGGAUUAUUGCUGAUACAACUGGGAAAACUCCAGAUGUCCAGGUAACCUGCAUGUUCUCAGAAGAUUGUGUCCUACCAUGUGUCUUUGAAGCAGUUGGAGAUGAGAUCGUAUACUGGUUCAGACAGAAUGUUCUGAUCCACAGUUAUAAACAGGGGAGCGGUCUGUUAGAUCAGCCUGAUCAACACUACAACGGCAGGAUGUCACUAUUCACUGAAGUGAUUUCCUCUGGUAAUGCAUCACUUCAUAUUCAGAAGAGCGAUCCACAGGACAGGGGGAAGUACAGGUGUCUUGUCACCAGCAGUCGAGAAACCAAUGAGCACUUCAUCAUAGUCAAGGUAGAAGCCCCUAUCAGCUCAGUGAGCCUAGAGACGACACGUCUCAGUGGUUUUGAGGAAGUCAUGUGCUCCACCCGAGACGUCUACCCUGCUCCCCGUGUAACCUUGUUCACAGAGCCAGCAGUUCUGCCUGACGCCCUCAAAACCUUCACACGCAAAACGUCUGACAAACAAGGCCGGUACUCGGUGGAGAGCAAGAUCAGGAAGCUGGAAGAUCUGACCUACAUCUGCCUCGUCCAAUCAUUCUACAAGUCUCAGACAUGGAAGACAUCACUGCAGGAGAAAGAAAUAUUUAGCGUUGAAAGUCAGGACUUCAACAUCCCUUGCAAGGCCCCAUGGAAACUGCAGAACUUCACACUGACAUGGUCCUUCACCAAAGGACACAAGUCCUCAACCAUCUACACAUAUGACAGCCUCACACAGCUGAGCUCCAGCGUUUGGAAGGAGAAGGUGCACCUGGUGACCCCCAGGGGUCAAGGUGGGGACGGCUCACUGCAGCUACGCAACCCCCUGAGACUGGAGCACACUGGUACCUACACCUGCAUCCUCUCUGCUCUCCAAACCAAAUAUGAGGUCCGUACAAGGGUCAACAUCAUACCAAUGACUGCUAAAAGACUAUCCGAGAGCUCCACCCAGUGGUGGAUUCCUGCUGUCAUCACAGUCCUUGCAGUCAUUACAGUCGCAGCAAUCAUAGGGACUAUAAAAUGUAAAGUUGGCUGUUCAAAAUCAAAUCAAACCCAUGUAGAGGCUGCAGAGAUGCAACCAAUCAGAGUGACCAAUGCAAACAGUGGAGCUCCAUCUGAGGAUACCUGCUUAACGGAAGAAAUUGCCAACAGACCAACAUGAGAAAACAUGGAGGAAAUAUAUAUUUACAGUAGUAUAGACGGGACUCCAGCAACCUGAACCACCUUCCAGGCCUUCCUUUAAAUCCUGAAAAGUGAUCGAUUUGCUGUCAGGAUAAAAGAAAAGACACAAAGUAUUUAUAUUUUAUUGUAUUUAUAACUAUUCUUAUUCUUCCUAUUGUUAUUGUUAUUAUUAUCAUUGUUGUUAGGGAAAUGUCCAAAUACUUGCAGAAAUCAUGACAUAAAAACAAUCCAGGGUUUUUUUUUGUUUGUUUGUUUGUUUUUUACUAAUUGUAUUAACUUGUGGUUUGUUUUAAAAUUUGUGCUUCUCUCCAAAAAUGUUUCAAAUUGCAUGCAUGCUGUCUGUUGACCAUGGUAUUCUCAAAUGAAAACAAUGAAAACAAUUUUUCACACAAUUUU